AUGAACGAAGAGAGGUCUAUUGGUGCAUUUGUCGGAUUGAGUGAAUGGCUGCCAUUCGAACAGCAGUUAGGCGAGAUCCUCGGAUACGAUGGUGAUAAAAGGACACCGCUGGGGGAUAGCAACCAUGAAGCAUACUCAAAUGACGGCGACAUGGAAGAUGAAGAUUCAACCAGCAACGAUUCAAGUAGUGACACGGAAUCUGAUUUGAGCGAAGGUCAUGAGUCGGACUUGGGAGAAGAUUUAUUCCAGCAGCCCAGUCCGCCCCAGGAUGACUUCGAUCCUUUUUUGAAUGAAGAUGAAGAUGAAGUACCGCUGUUCAUUCAAGCCAUUGAGUAUGUCCGCGAUAUCCUUGAUCUACCAGUGGCCUCAACAGACAAACAAUCCUCAGAGGGUGGCCAACCUAUUUCAAAUCUAUGUCAGCUACAAACGCCUGUGUUUGUUGGCCAUGGUGUAGAAGACCCCAAGGUUUCUGUUCAACUGGGCGAGAAAAUGUGCCGAGUUCUUUUAACUGGACUUGGGAUGAAUGUGACUUGGAAGGCGUAUCAGGGACCUGGUCAUUGGUAUCGUGUGAAUGACGAGAUUGAGGAUAUUUUGAAAUUUCUUGAAAGCCAUGUAAAGGUACCGUUGGAAGAAGUCCCGCUUGUGCGUAGCACCUGA